AUGUCCCGGGCAGUCGACGCCAAAAUUGAAGCAGCCGCCCCUUUAAAUCUUACUCUAAUUAUGAUUCUUAUCACUACCCUUACUAGGCGUCUUUCCUACCAAUUGUACAUUGCCGCAUGGCUUUUCACAUUAGCUUUAAAAUCAUGCGAGUUGUUCGACUUGAACAAGCUUCCGACAGAGUAUUUCGACGAAGCCUUUCCAAGCGUGUCAGCCGAAAUAUCUCGAGGCAAGUUCAAAGAGCAUCUAGUGCAACAUUCGAUCCUCAGCCCGCGACAGACGUGCACGUCUAUCCCCAUGAUCAGGUCGGCUCCUCUGACUCAGGUUCCAUCCACGAAUUCGACUGGGAAAUCGGUCAGUCUUCCGGCGGUGGCUCAAAGUCAGUACCCCCACCUCGAUAACGAUUUGUCGGAUACCGACUUACCAGGUAUACCAGCCGUCGAGGAGAAGGAUUGGGACGAACUGGAUUUUUCCCAUUUUAUCACACGUGGGAUCGUUAUCGAGGAACUUCUCCAUACCUUCAGCGAACGUUUUAAAUCUCAAGUCAUGUCACAAGACUGUCGGUCCCGCCAUUGGGGUUUAGUCGACCCACACCCGACCGUGUCUACCGCGCGGAUCGAUGUUGCGGUCGAAGACCCUUAUAAGCUAGCAAAAGUCCUGCAUUACGAUUUGGCGUCUACACAGACUGCUAAACACCUGUACAUGCUCUACAAGUUCUUGGUGGUAUCGCUUUUCAAGCUUCAUGGCGAAUUUUUGACACAAAUCAACAUACCAGUAUUACAUCACAGAAACCAACAAGAAAAACUACUUGAAUGGCUAGAUAAACAAAUCUUUAGCCCCGGUGACAGUCAUCCUGUACUUGGAAUUGCCCCUGAAUCUGACUUAACUUGGGAGUCAGGGGGUCCCAGUCUGCAAUAUUAUGGGGACAUUCAAAAAGAAUUGAUCCUGUACUUUUCUGAUGAUAAGCGCAGUGAUCCUAACAUCUGCGCUUCAGCUAUCCUAAAACCGUACCGAACCGAACACGCUAAAGAGUAUCUGGCAUUACGGCAACCCUCAGGAUCCUUUCUUGAAGACCCAAAUAGACUUUCGAUUAAACCACACUUUCUAUUAAUACUAGAGUACCUUUCAAAUAUGGCUAAGAAACUGGAAAUAAAUCUCCUGAAUAGCGACGAUAGACAUUCAAAACAGGCACUAGAACACUCGGCGUUGGUUACACCUUACGUUUCAACCUUUGAAAAAAGAUUCCGGACUUCAGAAAUCGAAAAAGGAGAUGUUCGGAGUUAUUAUCCGACCUUGCAGAUAACGAUGUGCUUCCAUGAUCAUAAGCCUGGUCCGAAGCCUCUGCGAAUGAUAGACCCGGCUGGAAAGAUAUACAAGUUUAAUGAUUUACGCUCUCGACUGAGAAAACUGAUGAAAGCAUUGGACUGUCUAACCAUUGGAGCCAUGUCGGAACUGAAAAUAAGACUGUCUGAUAAAGACAUUAAGAUCAGGAGAAAAUCGGUACUUAAAUUCCUGGUCGAUUCAAUGAUUCAACCAAAAGGAAGCCUGCCACUCAUAGGAAGCGUCGAAUCUCCGGAGGGCAUUGCCCCUUGGUUCAGCAACUCUCAUGGAAACCCAGUUUUGUUUGGAGAGAUUCAAUUGAAAAUUAUGAAAUAUUUGACUGACUAUUUGGAAGAGGAAGAUCUGAUACAAAUUCCAGCAUUUGUUUUGAGUGCUUGGCAUUAUGCUAAUCCUAACAACGAUGAAACGAUGCGAUACGAUGCGAUAAAUCGCCCUGUAUCGGUAUCGCAUCGUUUUAGCGAUACACGCUUAAGCGAUACCGAUGCGAUGCAUCGCUUAAGCGUGUAUCGCUAA